UAGGCAUAUUUUACAAGGCAAAAACCUUCAUUGAAGGAAAUCUUAAAAUAGAAAAAGGUGAAAGGCAAGCAGCUUUUCACAUGUUCCUAUAUUGAAAUCCUCACAAUACUCCAUUAAUUUCCUUUUGAUUCAUUAUCUCCCACGACCCACCAUUUUAUUUCAUCACUAAUUCUUGAUCUAUGCUGUUUUAUCCCAAAUUCAAUCGAUCAUCUUCUCCAGAAGUGUGCAGAAAGGGAUUGCGAUCGUCCGUCGUGUAGAUUUAUGCAACAUGGGUUUCGACAAGAAACAUGAGGCAACUUCCUCCUCCAACGCCCCCCCACGAUCGGUUCCUCGGGAAGACUCCCCUCUUCUCGGAAACCACGACGAUUCGUUGUCGUCGACGCCCAAGACCUUCGCUAACGUCUUCAUCGCGAUCGUGGGUGCCGGCGUUCUUGGUCUCCCUUAUACCUUCAUGCGCACCGGUUGGGUCACGGGAUUCGUGAUGAUCUUCGCCGUCUCCGGCCUCGCCUACCGUGGCAUGAUGCUCCUCAUCGUAACCCGACGAAAACUCGAAUCCCCUCUUACAUAUUCCAAAAUCAAUUCUUUCGGCGAUCUGGGGUUCGCCGUCUGUGGCCCAAUCGGUCGUCUCGCCGUCGAUGUAAUGAUUAUAGCAUCCCAAGCCGGUUUUUGCGUAGGAUACCUCAUCUUCAUCGGUAAUACCUUAGCCAAUCUAUUCCAUGCAACCCCAACCGAAUCUCCCCAUUAUUUAAACACGAGCCCUUACAUUUGGGGAUUGAAAGCCAAAACGUUCUACAUCUGGAGUUGUUUCCCAUUCCAGUUAGGAUUAAACGCGAUUCCAACGUUAACCCUUUUAGCCCCCUUGAGUAUCUUCGCUGACAUCGUCGACGUUAGUGCAAUGGGUGUCGUAAUGGUGGAAGACGUGACCGUUUUCUUGAAAAACACCAUAAAUGUCCACGCAUUUGGUACCUUUCCCAUGUUCUGUUAUGGUCUCGGAGUGGCCCUCUUUUCAUUCGAAGGAAUCGGAAUGGCAUUACCACUGGAAUCAGAAGCCAGAGACAAGAAAAAGUUUGGAGCGGUGUUGGGAUGGGCGAUGAUGAUCAUUGCUGCCAUGUAUGGAUUCUUUGGGGUGUUGGGUUACUUUGCUUUUGGUGAAAACACAAGAGAUAUUAUUACUGCUAAUAUGGGUAAAGGUGUUCUUAGUUCUAUGGUACAAUUGGGACUCUGUAUAAAUCUGUUUUUCACGUUUCCGUUGAUGAUGAAUCCUGUUUAUGAGGUAAUGGAAAGAAGGUAUUGGGAAGGAAGGUAUUGUUUAUGGAUGAGAUGGGUGUUGGUUAUGGUGGUGAGUUUGGUGGCUCUUUUUGUUCCAAAUUUUACUGAUUUUUUAUCGCUUGUUGGGAGUAGUACUUGUUGCAUAUUGGGUUUGGUGUUGCCUUCUCUAUUUCAUUACAAUGCCUUCAAAAACGAGUUGGGGAAGGAGGAACUUAUGUGGGAUUUGGUGAUGAUUGUUUUGGGUGUUAUUCUUGGUGUGUUGGGAACAUGGUUUUCUUUGGUUGAAAUUCUAUUUAAAGCAUGAAAAGGCAUCAAACACUAUUACAUGAUUGUGAUAGUAGAGAGAGAGAGAGAGUCUUCAAUCACAUGAGAAUAGCUUGUUUUUGUAUGUUUUUGUCCCCGAUGGCUCUUGGGUGAGCUCCAUUUUAAUUGAAUUGUUCUACAUCUGCAUUUUGUCA